AUGCCGAAGGUAUUGUUAAAAGUGACGAAUGAUUUUAGAAAUGAUGAUCCACUUCCGAAUGGACAACAAGAAACUAGCGAAGAUACUGAAGUGGAAGAGAGGGUGUUGGUGGCGUACUGUCGCUCAGGAAGACUGGGAGCGGCCUACUGCACGCUACAAACUGGCGAGUUGUUCAUCCUGGAAGAGAUAGUAGACCGUCCCCCCGAGUUCCAGAUGUUCGCGAGCCUGUUCCGCCAGGUGGAGCCAGUGUGCAUACUCCUGGACGGCAAGAAUCAGGGCACCUUCGUGCAGACGGUCAAACGAACCGUCUUCGAUAAUGAUAGCAAUGAUGAGGGACGGUGCAAGCUCACGUUUUUGUCGUCUAAGGAGUAUAGUUUCGAAGCCUGCAAAAGACGAGUUUUCUCCCUAUCCCUUCCUACUGAACCGGGAAACGCCUCAGAAGACGAGAGAUCACAAUAUCUUCGCACCGUUUUGGAUUUCUCUCAAACACAAAGCGUGCACGCAUUGGGCGCGUUGUUGAGGUAUCUGGACCUUAACUGGGCGAAAUUGAGCAUGGAUCUGCAUGCCAAGCCGCAGUUUCUGAGUCUGAGGAUUAUUUCUCUUGCGGACAUAGUAACGAUAGACGAGGACACAUACCGCGGGCUGCAGGUGUUCCGCCCCCUCGCGCACCCGAGCGCCUUCAAGCGCGGCGUGCGCGGCUCCGCGCGCGAGGGGCUCAGCCUCUGCCAGCUGUUCAGCCGGUGCAGCUCCAAGCUGGGGCAGAGCCGGCUGAGAGUAUUGCUACAACAUCCUACCUCAGACUUGGCGAUCCUGAAGAGUCGUCAGGACGUGGUGGAAUACUUCAUGAAGCCGCAGAAUGAAGCGCUCAUGAGGAACAUCUGCUCUUCCAUGCGGUUCAUCAAGAAUGUUCACGGAAUCCUGGCGAAAAUAAAAGCGUUGUCAGCAAAACCAUACCAGUGGAAAUCGCUUUACAACACUUUGUACAACGCGGUGCUGAUAUGUGAAAUGUGUGAGAGUGCGGGCAAAGUCAGCGACUUCCUCGAACAACUAGCCUGUUUCGACAACACCAAGCUCUAUGAGAUGGCGUUAUACAUGAACAGAAUUAUAGACUUCGAUUUGUCGAAAACCGAAGGCAAAUUUACCGUGAAGCCUGGAGUUGAUCCUGAACUUGACAUGAAAAAGCAAACGAUGGCAAGUCUCCACGGUCUGAUGUCAGAAACAGCUAAGGUAGAGAUGGAACGUCUGCCACCGUACAUACAAGAGUGCAGCAUGCUGUACAUGCCACAUCUAGGAUAUUUGCUGGGAGUCAAGAUUUGGGAAGACAACCUGUCUGCUGAGGCUAAAGAACUGCCUGACAUGAAGUUUAUGUUCCAAAACAACGACUAUAUCCACUACAAAAGCAAGGGUUGCGAAGAGCUGGACGUCAUGAUAGGCGACACGUACCCGGAGAUAGUGGCGCACGAGACUCGCAUCAUGAUGCGCCUCACCAGCGUCAUGCUGGAACACCUACAUACACUCGCUGCUGUUGUCGAUAAGUGCGCUGAACUGGACUGCCUGAUAGCUAUAUCAAAAGUCUCCAAAGAGUUCAACUACGUCCGUCCGACCCUCACAACUGAGAAGAUCAUCAGCAUCAAGCAAGGCCGACACCCACUGUACACGCUGACGUGUGACAACUUCGUGCCGAACGAUGUGGAGUCCAGUGCUGAAGAGGGCUGCGUCAAGAUACUGACUGCCCCCAACUCGAGUGGGAAGUCUGUUUAUAUGAAGCAGAUUGGUCUGAUAGUAUACCUAGCCCACAUCGGCAGCUUCGUACCAGCGGCGGCGGCCACUAUAGGCUUGCUGCGUCACGUGCGGACGCGGGUACACAGCACCGAGUGCGUCGCCAACCACAUGUCGGCCUUUCUAAUCGACUUGCGACAGAUGGCCUUAGCUCUUCAAGAGUCCACCUCCAACUCUUUACUAAUAGUGGACGAGUUCGGCAAGGGUACAUCAGCGACGGAUGGCCUGGCUCUCCUCGCGGCUUGUCUCAACACAUUGCUGUUUAGAGGAGAUGAGUGUCCUCACGUGCUCUUGGCGACGCACUACUUGAACAUCAAGGAGUAUAUUGUGGAGUCGCCACUUGUUAGGUUCUUGCGUUUCGAGUACAUACUGCAAGACGGAGAGCCAGUGUUCCUGUUCCGCGUGUGUUCAGGCGGAGCGGACACCAGCUUCGCGCUACACGUGGCCGCCGCUAGUGGCCUGCCACCACAUACCCUCGCUAGGGCUAAGAUUGUUAUGGAACAUGUUAUGAACAACUCCCUGCCAACAGAGAACAAACGCAUCACCAGCAAACUGAACGCAUGCGUGGACAAAAUCAAAAACAAACUACUCACAGACGAUAUUUAAUUAUAAUAAAAUUUAUUACAAUAUGUAUAAUGAUAA